AUGAAUUUCCUCCUUCUGCUGUUCUUGGUGUUCUUCGCACCUCUACUGCUUUUAGCAGCGUGGCUUGCUGCUUCAUCCUGCCUGGGAAACCGCUUCCGCCAUCGCUGGGGAGCAUCAGGACUCGGUGCCUAUGGCCAGAGCUACCUUCGAACUAUGGCUUACACGGGGCCUGCAAUGUCAGAGCAGAUUGAGAUGAGCGAAAUGUUGGACGAACCAGGGACUCGCCAGCAGUUCGAAGAGGACGAUUGA